AGCUGUAUCCCUCUUCCCAAAAUAUGUCUCCAGAACGGCCCAGUUCGGCGCAAAGCGAAACGGGCGCCCAACCUCAGCAACAAAUGUCGGUACCGGGUAGCCCGAUCGCCCUAACGCCGAUGCACAACGCCCAAUCGCCCAUAUCCAUUCUACUGGCGGUCGCCCAAAGCCAAAAAGGCCCGGACGAUGAUUUGACCAGCUUGUCAUGGCUGCACGAAGGCGACAUCCUCAAAGGCAUGAACAUUAACACGUCACCUUUGAAUAGUUCAAAUUCGACGCCAAUCAAAACGAGUGUCCAGUUUCUUCCCGACCAAUCGCCGACAAGUGAUUACGUUGACGAUUCUUCCAUCGGUACCCCGGAGUCUUCCACUUACAGUGCUGUCAAUUCGCCUACGCCAAGAGGUCAUAAUAAUAAUUAUCCUACAGGAAAUCAGAGUAGUAGUAGUCGCAGCACAAUACCGUACGAUCCACAAAUCCACAUCCAAAACAAGCCGCCGUACUCGUUUUCCUGUCUGAUAUUUAUGGCCAUCGAGGACUCGAAACAGAAAGCGUUGCCGGUCAAGGAAAUUUACGCCUGGAUCGUCGAUCAUUUUCCUUAUUUCCAGAACGCGCCUACAGGAUGGAAGAAUAGCGUCAGGCAUAAUUUGUCGUUGAAUAAGUGCUUUCAGAAAGUUGAAAAGGCACCAGUAAGUACCAAAAAUCUAGGUAAAGGUUCCCUUUGGACUGUCGACCCUCAAUUCAAGCCUAACUUAAUCCAAGCCCUGAACCGAUCACCAUUUCACCCUUGCUCGGCAAUCGAUCCCAGUAUUUAUCUGAUGCCCAAAGCCAACCAGUCGUCGGUCAAAGAAGAACGGAAUAAAAGCACCAAUGUACCCAAUCCUGAUCUUUUUCCAUAUUUGAGCAAGAAAAUGAAUGGCAAUGGAGGGCAAAGAAUCAAAACUGAACAGGAAGAAUCUUUGGACGCUGCAGACGCUGCCGCAGUGAUGUUGAGCCUUAAGCAUGCUACUAGGAUUAAUUUUUCGCAUAAUUUACAAAUUAUUAGUACUUCCCCUAGUCAGGAUCAUACUUAUAGUGCUGCCGACAGUGGCGAUAAUGAGGAUGAGGCUUUCGAGAGCGAUGAAGACAAAAGUAGAAUAAAGCUGGCAAGACGUAAAAUCCAAUUCGAAGAUGCGGAAGAACGAAGAAUCAAAGAAGAAGGCGCCCAAACUCUUCUAAACUUGGCCGGAGUUGCUACUUUGAAUUUGAAAAGAUCAAUUCCCAAUGAGGAAAACGAACCGACACCAAAACUGGUCCGCUACAGUCACCAUCAACCGGAAAACUCUUCCUCGGAAGAGGAGCCUCAAAGGCACGUGCCUUUUAAGCCGCGCUUGUUGAGAACCAAAAGAAAGGAAAACGCUUCGCCUCGGAAGAUUUUCAAUAACAACCAAGACGAGUGGCUGAGGCACAGACGCGAACUCGAUAUCGACCAAUCAAGUCUAAGAAAGAAAAUAUUGUUGUUAAGGUCUUCCAUUGAAAUCAAGUGCAAUUGAUUGGGUUUUUACUUGCAUGAUGAAACAUUAAAUUGAUUAUUGUUUAUUGCAAACCGUGUUUUUUAAUUUUGUCCAAAUAUGAUUAUUUUGAAAGUUAUACAAAUAUUAAGUUUUGUAUAUAGAAGACAUACGUAUGAUGUCAUAGAGGAUGAAACAUAAGCAAAUUUCAAAUCGUUGUAUCUCCGUCAAUUUUUGACUAACAAGAACAAGAAAAUAUAGACUUAUUUUUCAUUGACUAAAGAAAUCAGCAAUAAAUAAAAUUGAAUCAAAUUCUCCAUUGUCAUAUAAUAUCAUGGUCAGAAUUAUAAUAAAAUUAUCAUAUCUACAGCAUAAUAAUUUCUCGCCAAAUACAUAACAGCCAUGGGAACCUUUAUUCAGCCUGAAGUUGCUAAGAAUCUGAAAGCAUACUCGAUCAAAAGAUCCUGAAGAUCUUCUCUUGAAAGUUUUCAGAAUUAUGAAUCUUGAGUCUUGAGUCCUUUCAGAAAAGAAUCAAGAAAUAAUGACUCAGAAUUCAAGAUCCACUAUUUUUAAUAAGUUUUCUUAUAAAAGCACGAAGAAAGCUUCAAGUUUGCAGAGUUCAGUUUUGAGAUUCCAAGAGUUUUCUCGAAGAAAAGCAGAACAAACCAAAAUCUUACAGGAUCAAAAAAUCCUGAAAAUCUUCUCCUGAAAGUUUUCAAUAUAAAUGCCUCCACAUUUCGAUUAUUUAUUUAGAAACUAUUCAUGGUACAAAUAUGAGACUUUGAGAGAAUAUUUUUGAGUCUCUGUGGCAAAAUAAACUAAAAAUUCAAAUAAAUUGUACCAAAAAUAACAAAGUUCUGGAAGCAAAACAAUAAUCUUAGAAAUUGAGGAAAAGCUAAUUAAUCUUUGAUUUAUAAAUCUCAAUCAGGGCUAAAAAAAGCAACAUCUUGAAAACUGGUUUACAUUAAAGAUUCAAACCUACUUUAUCUUGUAGAGCAUUCAAUUCUAAUUCAAAAUUAUCGUUUACAC